UUGCAUCUGGUUCCAGGAAAAGAAGGUACGAAUAGUAUCAGACAAGUGGCAUGGCUGUACAAUGCAAGUGCUUUCCUAUAUCGAGAGGGGAAGAAAUACACAACGGCAGAUGGGACGUUGAAGUUACUGGGAUACUCUACAAACACAGGCCAAGAUAAGAUAGGCCAUUGGGAUGAGAUGAUAUUUCAUUAUGCGCCCAUGACGAAUACACUUGACCAAAAGGAGGCCAUGACAGCAAGCAUCAGAUCAUAUGGCAACCCACCUGCUGUAAUGUUUAGCCAGUUAUUUUUGGAAAGGGUAUCUGGUAGUAGUUCAGGAAAUCAUGACCAAGUUGUAUCGAGCUUUCCAAACUUUAGAACUGAUGUCGCCAAGGGAACUCUAGGAUUCCUUUCAAUGGGUGGCUCGAUGACUGGAGAUACACAUAAACAGAUGGGACUCUUCCACAAUAUGACGACCAAUAUCAAUGGUGGUAUCGGUGGAGGACCCCUUGUGCUAUUUGACAAAAACGACCAAGUCCUCAUUCAAGCUCCUUACAAUCAAUUCAUGGCAGCCUCGCUUUGGGUUGAAAACAAGGGCACCAACAGUUUGAACUGGGGCAUUAUGGGACAGGUUGACGAAAUCCCAGCGGGAUUUUAUUCAUCGUUUAUCCUCUAUUAUGGCAAUAAAGGAAUUAACCAAGCCGUUGAGGACUGGGGUGGUCUAAUGAGGAAGACCUACGACAAGACACUGAAUUACAUGAAGUCAGACCUCACCAUCAACUACCUCGGCUACUGGACAGAUAAUGGAGCAUUUUACUACUAUCACACCGAGGACAACAAAAACUACCAGCAAACUCUCCUUGAUGUCAAAGCUUAUGCUGUCAACAAGAGCAUACCAUAUAGAUACAUCCAGUAUGACUCAUGGUGGUACCCUAAAGGCCCUGGAGGUGGCGUAGAGACUUGGGUAGCUAUGGACUCUAUAUUUCCCGAUGGUCUCCAGAAGUUUUAUGAUGCUACUGGUUGGCCCGUAUCCGCACACAACAGAUGGUGGUCUCCCAAAACGACAUACGCCAAACAAAAUGGUGGUGAUUUUAACUUCAUUGUAGAAGCAAAGAAGGCAAUUCCUGUAGAUAUGGGUUUCUGGGAUUAUCUGAUGAGGGAAUCCAAGAAAUGGGGUUUAGUAAACUACGAGCAAGAUUGGUUGGACGUGGAAUUUGGCGGAUUGAAUGCUACGCUGACUGAUAUCAACCUUGGUCGCACAUGGCUUCAUCAAAUGGGCAAAGCGGCCCAGGAAAAUGGUCUUACUAUUCAAUACUGUAUGUCGAAUCCCAGACAUAUUCUUCAGAGUCUGGAGAUUCCAGUUGUUACACAGGCCCGAGUAAGUGAUGAUUACCAUCCAGGAAAUAGCCAAUGGAAGAUAGGGAUAUCCUCUAUGUUUGCCAAUGCUCUUGGUUACGCCCCCUUUAAAGACAACUUCUGGACGACAACCGUUCAGCCUGGCACAUCCUAUAAUCAGGGUGCAGCUACAGAGCCAAACGUUGAACUUCAAACAACUGUUGCAAUUUUGAGUACUGGUCCAGUUGGUCCAAGUGACAAGAACAACUAUACAGAUAUAGACCUUCUCAUGCGGUGCUGUGCUAACGAUGGACUUAUACUAAAACCAUCAAGACCAGCCAUAGCGAUCAAUGACCAAAUUCUAAUGAAUGCGUGGGGUAACCCUAUUGGUGAAGUAUGGUCCACGUAUUCAGACAUAGCUGGUUGGAGGUUUGGAAUAAUACUUGCUGCAGAGAUGUUGCAGGACUACACCAUUGGACCAAUGGCUGCUGGAUUUGGAGAUGAUUUCCCCAAAAGUAAAAUAUUUGGCUCGACAAAAACGAUGGAAUUCUCUGAGACGAGCAAGCUAUUGAUACCCGCAAAACAGUGUACAACAAAGACUCCUUGUGUGUAUUGGACAACACCUGUCUUUACCAUAAAUGGCGAUGAGAUCCUUAUCAUCGGUGAGCUGGAUAAAACAGUUCGAAUGUCUCCUCAACGGGUCACCAACAUCAAUGUGACACCAAAUGACAUAGAAAUACAUAUUAAGGGCAGCUACCAAGAGAGCGUUCGAUUUGUGUAUACCAGAAAUGGCCAUGCAUUCGACAUAACAUGUGUUUUGCCUAUGAGUGGAAAAACUGUGAUAGAUCCUAUUUUGAACAUGUGUAUUAAUGAUUAGAUCACUAAUGCAUCAGAUUAGACAAUAUCGAAAAUAGACCAUGUUUACUACUUAUGUUAUGUUAACCCUCAACUACAUGUAAUAUCAAAGAUUAAAAUAAUUUUAUACAUUUGAUUUAUAGAUGUCAGUUGUGCAUUUGAUUCACACAACCCCGGAUAUCAAGGAGGAUUGGCUCCCA